UCAAUGGAUGUACGAAUUCACGAUAGUCGUGUUUUAUGAAUGAGAAAUGGAAUUUAAAGUGAUUUCGUUUUGAUUGGUUUUAUUAAUUGUUAAGUAUUCUACAGUGAAUGUUUAAGUGCAAAAGUGGUAAACGAUGCCUUUGGCCAACACCUCCGAUCCUUGGCGAAUGCAGAAUGUUGGAGAUAACACGCUUGGAACAUCUGCACAGCCAGCAAAUAGUCUUCCAAUAGUAGUGGAGAACUCGGCUGAGUCUCGGCAAGCAUCAACAACUGAGAGUCUAGACACAUCUGGUGACAUAAGCGAAGAAAGAGAAGUGGAAAUACAAGAUGUUGUUAAAGAAGGACAUGAUAAGGCAGACCCGUCACAAUUUGAAUUGCUCAAAGUUCUUGGUGAAGGUUCCUUUGGAAAAGUAUUUUUAGUACGAAAAGUUACUGGUGCAGAUGCUGGCACACUCUAUGCCAUGAAGGUACUUAAAAAAGCUACAUUAAAAGUAAGAGAUAGAGAACGUACAAAAAUGGAGAGAAAUAUUCUAGUUGAAAUGGGCCAUCCAUUUAUAGUUAAAUUACAUUAUGCAUUUCAAACUGCUGGUAAACUAUACUUAAUUCUAGACUUCCUCCGUGGUGGUGAUUUAUUUUCUCGACUCAGUAAAGAGGUAAUGUUUACUGAGGAGGAUGUAAAGUUUUACCUAGCUGAACUAGCUUUAGCAUUAGAACAUGUACACAAGUUGGGAAUAAUAUACAGGGAUCUCAAACCAGAAAACAUUUUAUUAGAUGCUGAUGGCCAUAUAGCACUAACUGACUUUGGCUUGUCUAAACUCCCUCCAACUAGUGAUAAAGCCUAUAGUUUUUGUGGCACUGUGGAAUAUAUGGCACCAGAGGUAGUCAACAGGAGAGGACAUACAUUUGCAGCAGACUGGUGGUCUUUUGGUGUACUUAUGUUUGAAAUGCUGACAGGAAAUUUACCUUUCCAUGGCUCAACACGACAUGAAACUAUGACACAAAUAUUAAAAGCAAAACUUGGCAUGCCAUCAAAUCUUAGUGAAGAGGCGCAGUCUCUAUUGAGAGCAUUAUUCAAAAGAAAUCCACAAAACAGAUUGGGAGCCGGACCUAAUGGCAUUGAAGACAUUAAGAAUCAUGAGUUUUUCGCAAACAUAGAAUGGGAUGCGCUUUAUAGGAAAGAGGUGGUGCCUCCAUUCCGGCCGGCGGUGUCUCGCGCUGACGAUGCGUUCUACUUUGAUUCGGAGUUUACGUGUCGCACGCCGCGAGAUUCGCCCGGUGUCCCCGCUUCGGCGAAUGCACAUGAACUAUUCCGCGGUUUCAGUUUUGUGGCGCCCUGUUUACUCAACGAUGACAGUAACAAAACGGUUACAAAUCAAAAUCAGAAUCAUGCUGCUACGAAUAAUAAGACGUCCACCGAAGAUUUUUGGGCAGGAUUUGUCAAUAGGAAUAAUUUCUUUGAUGAAUACAGAUUAAUGGGAGAACUAGGCACCGGAUCGUUUUCAGUUGUCCGCCUCUGUGAACACAAAACCUCGAGAGUCCAGUAUGCAGUUAAGAUCAUGGAUAAAAUGCAAUAUGAUCCUCGUGAAGAAAUCGAAAUAUUAUUGAGAUACAGCCAACACCCGCACAUUAUAACCCUGCGGGGAGUAUACGAGGAAGGCGGGCGCAUCCUCGCAGUAACAGAGCUGUGUCGUGGCGGUGAGCUGCUUGAGCAUAUCACGCAGCGCCGUUACCUGCCCGAGCACGAGGCCGCGCCCAUACUGAGGAAUGUCCUUCACGCCAUACAUUAUCUGCAUCGCCAUACCGUUGUGCAUAGAGAUAUAAAACCUUCGAACAUAUUGUUCGCUACGUCUGAGAAGAGGCCUGAGGACAUUCGUCUAGUGGACUUUGGUUUGGCGAAACAGUUGCGCGCUGAAAACGGCCUACUGAUGACGCCGUGUUAUACUGCUAACUUCGUCGCUCCUGAGGUGCUAAAGCGGGCUGGAUAUGAUGCCGCUUGUGAUAUAUGGAGCUUAGGUGUGCUAGCUUAUAUUAUGCUGUCUGGAAGAACUCCAUUCGCUUCAACUGGAGAUGAUACUCCUGAAGCAAUUUUAGCGAGGAUCGAGUCUGGAAAGGUAGAGCUAUCCUCCGGCGUGUGGGGCAGCGUGUCGGGCGGGGCGCGCGCGCUGGUGCGGCGCCUGCUGCAGCUGGAGCCGGCCGCGCGGCCCCGCGCCGCCGACCUGCUGCGCGAGCCCUGGCUGUGCGCGCCGCCGCCGCCGCCCGCGCACCCCGCGCCCGCGCCCGCAGACCAGCCCGCGCCCGACCUGCGCCGCGCCGUCGAUCUCACCUUCCAGGCAAUGACCGCUUCGCCGCUGACACCGCAAGUGUUGGGUCCUGUGUCACAAUCAACUCUUGCGCAGCGUCGCAGUAAACCCCAACGACGAUUCCCACCUACGCAACUUUAAAGUUCCAAGGAGUUUAGGUAUCACUCGAUAUUGUAAGUACAUGCUUUAUAACGUACCAUCCAAGACUCCGGUUAUCGUAUCUUCUUAAAGGAAACCGUAAAGGUUUUUUCAAAUUUAUUAUUUUAAUUAUUAUCAAUUAUUUGAUUGACAGCUCCGCGUUUUUGUAACUGCUAUAGUCUGUUUUUUGAUCUCGUAGACUAAACUGACAUUACGAGUGUUGUCAGUUUAUUGCAAAUUAUUAAAUAGUGAUGUGGCACGACCGAAACUUAGCGUUAAUAAA